UCCCUCUUUCUUCUUUUUGUUCACUCUUUACAUACGAAGAACAUGCGUACGGCUAUUCUGAGCAGUCUCGCCUUGAUUGGCGUUUUGUCCUCGUCGUCGUCCUUUGCUGCAGCUCAUGGUGACCACGAAGAAGUAUAUGGUCAAAUCCCCGUAGUCUCUGGUCCCUCUGAAAUUACCAACCUUUUCGAACGCCCUGUUCUCGAAAAGGAUGGUUACGUUCCUUCCUUUGCAGGAAUCUCGACAUUUGCCCAUUUGCCCUAUGUGCAGUGCUGGGACGAAGGUGUUCCUGAGGACUACGAUAUUGCUGUUAUCGGCACACCUUAUGAUAUCGGUGUAACCUUCAGAACUGGCGCACGCUUUGGUCCUUCGGCCAUCCGUGAAAGCUCCAAGCGCAUUAAGGGUUACAACAUGGAAGUUGGUAUCAACCCCUUCAAGUCAUGGGCAAAGAUGGUUGACUGUGGUGAUGUUCCUUUUGAGCCUUUCAGCGCUGAGCAUGCUAUUCAGCAAAUCGAGGAUCACGCCAAGUACCUUUUGCUUCGUCCUCCUCAGGUUGGCGAGACCGAAGCAAAGCCUCCUCGUUUGGUUACCUUGGGUGGUGAUCACACCAUCCUUUUGCCUGUUCUCCGCGCAAUGAAUGCUGCUUACAACAAGCCUGUGCAAGUUAUCCACUUUGACUCGCACGUGGAUACGUGGCCCCCAGAGAUCUACAACGUCAAGUCUAAGCAAUCCAAGUACAACCACGGUAACCCCUUGUACCACGCCGCCAAGGAAGGUCUGACCGCCAAUGGAACCUCCAUGCACGUUGGUAUCCGUUCGACUUUGUACGACGACCAAGAUCUUGCCCGUGAUCAAGCUCUUGGUUUCAGCAUCAUCAAGGCCAACGAUAUCUUCAAGCUUGGUGUUGAUGGUAUUGUUGAGCGUAUGCAUGAGAUUCUCGGCCCCAAGGAAGACUCUUUGGUUUACUUGUCCAUUGAUAUCGAUGUGAUUGACCCAAGCAUGGCCCCUGCUACUGGUACUCCCGAGAGCGGUGGUUUCUUGUCCCGUGAAAUGCGUUAUAUUCUCCGUGGUUUGCAAGGCUACAACUUCGUUGGCAUGGACGUUGUGGAAGUUGCUCCUGUUUAUGAUGGUCCUUCGCAACUCACUUCCUUCUUGGCUGCAGACCUGAUUUAUGAAGUCAUGUCGAUGAUGGUCAAGAACGAGGAGUAAUUUUUAUUUUCCUUUUGUCCGGCCAUAGCCAGAUUGUAUUAUAGCAUUAUGCACCUUUUAAAAAAUGUAAUAUAUACUGUGAUUUUUAUAUAGUUUGAAUAAACACUCUAGUUCAAAAAA